UAGGACACUUUCUCUCAUCCUCCAUCUUCCUCUGCCUUCGCAAUGUCAACUUCUUCUUCACCGAAGACCAAUGACAUGAAAAGUCCCUUCCUUUAGGCUUCGUUCUCUGUCUCUGCGUCUGUCUCUAAACAGAGCCUUUUGAGGAGUAGAAGAGGAAGAACGGCCUUACUCUGUGUCAGCCUCUGCAGCUUUUGAUUUAUUUGACAUGGGCAUUAGCUACGAGUGUGGUUCCUCCAUCCUCCUCUGCCCAGAAGACAGCAACAGCGUCCUGGGGUUCGAUGAGAGGGAGGAGCAAGAGCAGGACCCCGAAGGAGAAGUCGAAAAGCGUGUCCUUGGGCAUUUCCCUGGCAAAAGGAGCAAUUUUUAUGGGGGCUUUCUGAUGGAUUCUGCCUUGCUGUCGGAGGAUUGCAUCGCCUCGCUGGUCGAGAAGGAGUUGCAGCAUCUCCCUCAGGGAAACUAUGCCGAGAGGCUGCUGAGGGGGCAGCUGGACCUGGCGGUGAGGAAUGAUGCCAUCGACUGGAUUCAGAGGGUUCAUGAACAUUACAACUUUGGACCUCUGACUGCCUAUCUGUCUGCAAAUUACUUGGAUCGAUUCUUCUCCUCUUACGAACUUCCGCAAGGUAAGGCCUGGAUGACACAGUUGUUAUCAGUGGCCUGCUUAUCUCUCGCUGCCAAGGUGGAGGAAACUGAGGCCCCUUUCUCUAUAGAUUUACAGGUAGGAGAGGCAAAAUACGUAUUUGAAGCCAGGACAAUACAGAGGAUGGAGCUUCUAGUGCUUAGCACCCUCAAGUGGAGGAUGCAAGCGGUCACACCUUUCUCAUUCAUUGUUUACUUUCUGUGUAAAUUUCAUGAUGCAAAUUCACCUGAUGGCUCAUUAAUUUCUCGCUCCAUCGCCCUCGUUUUGGCCACUGUUCGAGGGGUUGAUUUCCUGGAGUUCAGACCUUCCGAGAUUGCUGCAGCAGUAGCACUAUCAGCCUUGAAAGAGAUUCAAUUUCUGGAGAUCGACAAGGCUUUAGCUUGCUGCUGCAUCCAUGUAAAUAAGGAGAGAGUUUUGAGGUGUCAUGAAGUGAUUCAAGAGAUGGCAUUGAUGAAGAACGGGACAUAUGCCAGUACAUCAGUUUCCGCUGUGCCAAAGAGCCCGAUCGGGGUGCUGGAUGCUGCAUGUCUGAGCUAUAAGAGCGAUGACACAGCAGUUGGGUCACAUGCAAACUGCGACCAUUCCUCUCCAGCUGCCAAGAGGAGGAAACCAAACAGAGCAUCAACUUCAUGAGAGAAGAAGGCAUCGUCUGUGGUGUUCAUCUCUUUGAUAGGUUUUCCCAGUCGAUUUAAUUUGUCAGUGAACCUCCUUGUCGUCGUGGCCAGGAUCAGUAGAUGAGGAAAAGGGAAAUAAAUGAGUUGAGAAUGCUAAGCUCAUGCUUUCCCAUGAAUGCACCUGACCAAACCAACAUUCUUACAGUAAGAUAAUGAGAUAGAUCGGGGCUGGAAGUCUUAUUUUGUGAUUGCUACAAGAAUUGAGGGAAAUAUGGUCAUCUAGCUCUGCUUUUCUUCUUAAAACUGUUGCUUUGUUUCAAUAAAAUCUGUGUCAUGGCAUGCAUCAGAUUUC